GUCCACGUAGACUUAAUCCGUAAAUGUCUAAUAAAGAUAUGAUCACUAAGGAGCGUAACAAUGUCGGACUGUGGUGUCUAUUUAGUUGUCGUCGGCCAUAAUCUAGAGGCAAAAUGUGAUGUUUUAAACGCUCUCUCAAAGAAAGAGAAACACUUUGAUUCGUUUGCUUUCCGAGAAAAAAUUGAAGUCAAAUCAAGCAGCACGGUGAAUGGAAAAGAUAUCUUAUUUGUGGCUACACCUAACUUGAACACACCAGCAUGGUCACAUCUGGAUGAAGACCUACGAUCAUUCAAAACAAAAAUAUUUUUGUAUGUCCAGGACAAUGAUUGCAUUGACAGCGAUGACAAUGGGUCAAUAGAAAUGUUACAUGAUCGAUUUCCAGAGGCUACUACAAUUCUGUUUGUACGAUACAACGUGAGACUAAGAGAGGAGGAAGAGGAUGAGGAUGAUCCGUUGGAAAGCUUCCCCCGGCUUCCUUGCGUGGAUCCCGUCAUCAUUAACAAACGGGACACGUUCACAUUCAAAUGUGCAGAAGCAAAUGAAGUAAUGAAACAACUACUCGAUUCACUGAAGAAAGAAGAAGCGAACUUCAAGGGUGACAUGGAAGUUGGUGGCGGAAAAACAGGACAGCCAGUGAAAAAAUUACGAGAAAGAAAUGUGCAAGAAUCUAACAGUGAAACGGACGAUGAUAUCUUAGAUUCUGUUAAAGUAACAAAAUCAGUUUUCACUGAAGAGAAAAUGUAUGGAAACCUAGAAACUCUUAAUAGUGGCGAUUGGACUUUGUUCCGGAAGACCCUUAAGUUAGGCAAAGCGAGGUCGAAUCACGUAAGAGUCAUUGUUGUUGGUAACCAAGGAGCCGGGAAAACAAGUUUGGUUAAACGACUCCAAAAAAUAGACAUCAAGUGUCCUGACGAGGGUCAGUUGCCAACAGAAGGUCUUGAAAUAAACCAGGUCGCUACACGAUGUACUGUGAGGGAUGGUGAGCGAUAUUGGGAGGCUGACGAUAGGGGAUAUGAACAAGAGUUAAACCUUCAGCGAAUGGCUUUUGCACUAAAGGAUGCCAAAGAAUGUGCGAAAGAACCGGAAAACACAAAUACAGAAGCUGUGGCUGAUCAAUUAGCUGUUAAAAUCGCUGAAAUCGAGACUGGUUCCGACGAGAUAGAAGAUGUAGGUCGUGUUCAGAAAACAUUUGAAUAUGUUAAACACGUGGAUAUGAAACAAAAAAAGUUUUACUUGCAGCAGGUUAAAAGUUGGAAAAGUAAAGAGGACUCUAAGGAAGAAAGAAUGUAUGUAUCUUACUGGGAUUUUGCUGGUCAAUCAACCUAUUACGCAACACAUCAAGCAUUUAUGGCGCCAUCUGCAGUUUACGUUUUAGUUAUUGACCUAAGCAAGGACUUCAAGGAGAAACUGGUAGAAAACCUCAAAUUCAGAACCGGAGUAUUAAAACAGUACACUAUAGAGGAAACAGUGAAAUUUUGGAUAUCAUCGAUUAUGGCAUACACACGCGAUGAACGAAAUGCACAUGCACCUUUCAUCAUUGUCGGUACGCACUCAGACAAGGUCUCCAAUGAAGCGGUUCGAGAAAAAGUCCUUCAUUUGCGGCAGCUCCUGAAGACUUUCACGCGACUUGAAUUCGCAAAAAUAGAUAACACGUGUAGUGCUGCAAAAGACAUUCAUCUUACUGCCCUGAGGAAUAAAAUCUUGGAUUUAGGAUUAGGUGUUAUUGACGAAAAAGUACCAGCCAGAUGGAUCAACCUUGAAUACGCAAUACUCCAAGAAAAGAAAAUAGGUAAAGGUUUCCUUUAUUUGGCAGAUAUUCGAGAACUUAACAAGAAAUCCGAAGUGCCUGUAGGAGAUCCAAGCGAGAUCGAAGCUUUCCUGGAGCACGAACAUAGACGAGGAUGGCUCAUGCACUUUGGUCACGUUGAUUUGAAAGAUAUCGUCAUACUUGAUCCAACCUUGCUCGCAAGCUAUUUCAACAUUCUAUUAAGAGAAAUACCAAAUCACGAAUUUCAGUCUUCAGGGUUGGUUCUAGACGGCAGAAUCCCUGAAGAUUUUGUUCUGGAAGCCGCUGCGGAGGCAUUCAAUGUCCAAAAGUCUGACAGUGUUCUUGGCAUUGUUUUAAAGAUUUUGAUGCGUCUGCAUAUCAUGUACCACUACAAGGAAAACAUGUACUUUGUCCCAUGCUUACUUCCACAUAAGGAAGAUCGAGAGAAUUUGAUAGACAGCCGACAUCUUGAGAAAGCUCCUUCGAUUAAACUGUCUUUCACAGAUGCUUUUGUACCACCGGCAUUCUUUCAUUUGCUAAUUGCUGCGCUAAAAGAGGAAGAAUGCCUCAAUAUAUACCACAAAGAUGGAAAAGCACGUGUUUACAGCCUUUUCUGCUGUUUCUAUUUUCACCGCAAAACGCUGUGGCUUGAGGUCUAUUGGCAUGAAUGUUGUAUAUUUUUUGACCUAAAGAAUUACUCCACGGAGAUCAGCGAGUUGAAUUCGAAUAGAAUGUUAGAAGCAAUCAGUAUUAUCCGAAAUAAAAUCGAGCAUAUUCUACAUGUAUACAGGCAGGAUAAUGUUAAAUACACGCUUGAAGUUGAGUGUGUAAUGCAUCCGGCGAAAUUUGUCGACAUACAAGAAGCAUAUGAGGAUGGUGAAGUGAUGUGUUCUGACGAAACUCAGGCACACUGCAUAAAAUGGGAGUGUGUCAGCAGCUUCUCUCAAAGGAAGGCAAAUCCAUGCGAAGAGAAAGAGAGAGUCCACAGAAAUCAGUACAAACCAAAUGACAAAGAUCUUGGGCGCUUGGCAAGACAUCUCUCACGUGAAAAUGCGACAUCAUUGGCAUCAAAACUAGAGCUGCCAACGGGAAAUCUCCUAGCGGAUCGAGCAACAAACGAAUACAAGGAUUCUACUGAUAUGCAGAGGUUGAAGAUAUUAUGUGAUUGGAGAAAUGAAAAUUAUGAACAGACUUUGACAAAACUACUGGAACUGCUGACGAAACGAAAGGAUUAUGACAGAAAAGUAUUGACAGAGAUUUUAGACGGGAAGGUAGAACACACGAAAGAUUAUGGUAUCGAUUGCAGAAUAUUAGAUACUCUUCCUGACGACGACAAAGACUUGCUCUGUGCAAGCGAAUGUAUCGACGCAUCCUACACAUUCUUGAUGUUAGAACUCGGUCUUAAAGUGAAGGACAUUGAAGUCAAAAGGGAAGAUAAUCAAAAUUCGUUUCAACUAACAAUUUUUAAGUUGCUUGAAGCUUGGAGACAAAAAUUUAGCACAACAGCGACGCCAAGAACAUUAUUAGACACGGCCAGGUUUCUUGGUAUGAACACCACAGAAAUGGUAUCAAAAUUCAAAGAAAAUUUAAGGAUGUAAAUGUUGUUGGCAAGUGCAGCAACUGCUUAUGAGUUGUGUCUUAUACUUUUAUAUACCACAAUAUUCGGAUAUAGUAACUCUUUUACUAGAGGCCUACACAAUGUAUUUGUUUUGAUAGAUCAGAGUCAUAAAAGACAGGUGAAGACUGACAAUCCGCAUACUUUCAAGCAUUGUCUAGACUUGUAAAAAUGCAAGACGAAUACUUUUGACAAAUCUGCAUGUAUAUUUUUUUUAAAGUUUAUACAAUCUUAAAAUAGUCGUAAGUCGCAAAGUAUGAAUUAAUAUUUUAAUUGCAAUUGUUUUUUUUUUAAUCUCUCGCAUUUUAUUAGUAUAUUGCACUUAUCUUAGACUAUAACAUUUAUUUCAAGUGCAUUUUUGAAAGUGACAUGAGGGAUAAUUGUUCCAACAUGAACUUCUGCAGUCUGUUGCAGUAGUCAAACACGGGAUUUCAGAUAAACUUGGUGACCUUUUUCCCCUAUUUAACCUAUAUAAAUCCGCCAAUUUUGAAAUGAGGGAAACUACUAGUACACUGCUUUUUACUGCCUGUACUUAAACCACCGUUAUCUACGGACUACUGAACAAGAAUGUAAACACAUCUUUUUUCUUGCACUGAAAAGCUGACAAAAUAAUACGUCUUUAUAUGUAAACCUUAUUUUUACUUUAAACAUUUUGUACCAAACACGUCUUAUUAUGAUACAGUGUAACUUCCGAAAACCGGACGACCUCCGGACCCUAUCUAAAAGUACGGUUUUUGGAAGUUUCCGGAAUUUAGAAGUUUGAAAGUUUGUAGGCAAAGUGGACGUGGUGCACAAGAGUUAUGUUUUCUGACUCGUAGGAUGAAGGAGAUUUUUAUCCUUUUUAAUUUAACAAUUUCAUAUUAAUUAAUUAACUAGUUAAUUAGAUAAUUAAUUAUUUAUUUACAAACAUUAAGGAUAAUAAAUACAUAAAUAACAAAUAUAAAAAGAAACAACAGAGCUUUAAUAAUAGCAUUUACGCAAACAUUUUCCAAUUACAUUUUACCAUCUUUGGAGUCCCGAGUUCGUCAACAUUAAAUUUUAAAUAAUGUUGAUAAUGCAUAGUUUAAUCGAUGUAACUAAUCAUUUAAAACAUCUAUCUUUCUUUCGUUCAAACAUUAAGAAAGUUUUUAACACAUAAGAUAUUUAAUUAUUAUACAUAUGAUACAUCAUUACAUGUAUUUAUUCUCAUUAUAUUCUACGGCUGUCCAAAUACAGUCUUAAUUUUCUAAUAAGUAUGUUUAUAUAAUUCAGGAUACUAAAUCUAAAAUCCAUAUGGAAAGAAUUCAAAGUCCUUUGAAAGGACACACUUCAUGAUUUUAUUUGUUCUCAUUUAAAAUGCACACGUCAUUAUAUAAACUAGCUGCCAAGAUACAGUAUUAAUAUCGAUAUAAUGCAGGAAUCAGUACAGAAAGGAUUCAAAAUUAUCUGAAAGGCCACGCUUAUCUAAAACAAUUACGUAGUCCUUUGUUUCGGUGACAUGAAACAAGUUUUGUUGUUAUUUUGUGAUUUACUCCCUUAAAGUGGGCCUCACAGUUUUGUCGGUUAACGUUUACUUAAACGUAUUAAGAUUCAUAUCGUAGGACUUUUGAAGCGUGGUGCCUCGGUCUUUUUAUUUAAAUGAUUGACCUCUGCAGUAGGCAUAAGGUUUGGGCCAGCUCUACAAAUGUUGUUACGUUUUUAUGUUAUUGUUCGAGACUUAGUGUUUUUUUGUGGAACCUUCGAAGGCGGUGGUGGAAGUGGCAGUAAAUGCAUUUUGCAAUGGUGUAGGCCCUUCUUUGAAUUUUUUCCUCAAUUAAAAAAUGGCGGGUUUAUAUAGGCUAUAUAGAAAAAAAGUAUUCAAGUCCAUUUAUUCUGUCAUCAUUGAGUAAAAUGACCCCGUUGUUAAAGUCAAAAUAUUUUAUAAGGGGAGUAACUCACCCCAAAACACUUUUGCUUUGACUGCAAGUAUUUAUUAUGAGAUUUUACUAUCUUAAAAUGUCAGAAACGUCUGAAACACUCUACACCAGACUAUGCGUAAUUGAAGAUUUUCGCAGUAGUUUAAUCGAAGAGUGUAUGCGAUUAGGUUUAAAAGAGCGAACCUUAAUUAAAUGAACACCAUACUUAUUAGUCCCCUACUGAUUGAAACCCAGUUUCGGGGACUAUAAGAUUACGCUUUUCCGUCCAUACGUCUUCAAUUUAGUGUACGGACCAUAACUCUGUCAUUUAUCAAGGGAUUUUGAUAUUACUUGGCAUUAGUGUUCCCCUUGAUAAGACAAUUUGUCAUGCGCAGAACCAGGACCCUUAGCUCAAAGGUCAAUGUCAGCAGGACUUUUUUUCCUUAAUGGUCUGUAAAUCAAUAAUCCAUGAAGGGAUUUAAUUCAUCGGCACAAAAAUACCCGUAUAAGAUUAUGUGUCAUGUAUAACUUUCAGACCACUAGUAACACUUGGCAGUCAAAUAUUAACAUGAUAUGAACAGGGUCUGUUUCGUGUCCGGUCCAGAACUCUAUCAUCCACCAAGGGAUUAUAAUUUUACUUGGCAUAAAUGUUCCCCAUAAUCAGUAAAAGUGUCAUGUGCAACACCCCGAACCCUAGCUAAAAUGUCAAGGUCAAGAAAACAUUACAAAAUAGCUCAAUAUUGUUUUCAGAGCCCCUGUAAUUACCAUACGUUAUUGUAUUUUUGUUUUGUUUAUACUGAUAGUUUUAAAACAUAGAUCUCAACUCCUUUACCGUGUAUCGAUUUGUCUUUUUAUAUUCUUCAUUGCAGCUGUUCAUUCAACAUUUAUUGAUUCUUUGUUUGAUUUUUAAUACGUUUAAUCCCUGAAUUCAAAAUAGAUGUGUAUAUACAUCAUAUAUUUUGUACUUAAAUAGUUUAUAAUCUGCAGUUGUAUGAUUUAUAUGUUGUCAAACCUUCAUUCAGAUUAAUGCUAUGUUCUUCGUUUCUCAUAAUUUGUUUUCCUUUCUUUAUGUAUGCACCCUCUUCCUUCGAAGGUUGUUGGUUACAUUGUUUCGCUCAUUGUCAUUCGGUCUGUCUGUCAGUCGGAAGACCAUUUGGUUUACUAUCAACAACUAGAGGAUACUUUGGCCAGCUGUGCAGUUGUCAAGUUUCGUAGAAUGAUUCUCUGUAGUCAGCAGAUGACUCAUAUUGCUAAAAGGGUCAGGAGGUCAAAGGUCGAGGUCACAAUGGUGUUAAAACUAAUAAAGUUUUCCGCUUAAUAACUAAAGACAGACGGCAAAAUUUAUUGAAUGAUUGCCUGAGGUAAGUAGAUGGACAUCAUUUUGUCUUUGGAGUCACUAUGUUAAUUGUCAAGGUCACAGUGACCUCGUUACUGAAAAUGGUCCCUGCUCAAUAACGUAAGGACGCUAUGGCCUACUACCUUUAAAUACCUUUGUCAGUAGAUGACCUCUAUUAUUUGAUGAUGUCAGCAGGUAAAAGGUCAAGAUUACACUGAACUCGAGACUGAUAACAUUAAAGAACGUGUGCGUCUUCUGUUUUUUAACUUGAUAGAAUUAUGGCAUGUAGUCAACAGAUGAGUGAUAAUGUUUUUGGAUCAAUAGAUCAAAGGUCAAAGUCACUGCAACCUUGAAACUUAAAACGGUCUCCGAUCAAUAUCUGGAGCAAAACAUUUAGUGUUACAACUCUCACAUUUCAUUGGAUAUUUGCUUGUGUUCUAGUGAUGAUUAUAUUGUUCUGGUGCCAACACCUCGAGGGUCAAUGUCACUUUCUGAUCAGUUACUGAAGAACGCUUACGAAUAUUGUCUUCAAAAUUCAUAUGAAGAUGGUCUGUUUAUCAGUAGAUGUUUCAAGGUUAUUAGGUCACAGGUCAAGGUCACAGCAUACAAACUUACAUACGCAGUACCGCCAACAGGUCAUAAUAUGGGCAAAUGUAUUUUACGUUUUACAAACAGCUUUCUCUGUCAUCCAACAUUCUGUGAUUUUAUCAUAAUUUACUUCUUUUAGCUCACAAUUACCAGUGCAUUGAUCAGUAUUUGUCACUCAUGAUAAGGAAAUACAUAUUGUUUUUGCCUUCACUGUGAGUUUCUGUGCGUUUGCAUUUAGAAUGUCCGCUCUUUAUCUCGAUAACCACAAAGCUUCACAGGUGUGUUUGAUAUUUUUUGAUACAAAGUCAUGUUAAUCGUAUUUCAAACAACAUGUGUUAACUGGCUAAUGCAAUGUUAUUUCAGUACAUGUAAAUGUAUCUCGUGUUUAAAUCCAAAGAACUUUGGGUAAAAGAGUAUUCAACUGGAGACUGAUCACCGAGUAAAAGGAGAUGUGUGGUUACAGAAAUAACUUCAAUGGCAGUAACAAUAAUAGUGGCACAUACACAGCAGCUUUUCGUUUUAAUAUAAUUUAUACAUCCUACAUAUGAAUGGCCAGUUUGAAGGUAUUAAUUCCUGCAGGUACGAGUAUGAAGAACUGUAAAAAGAAGAUUCUUUGCUCAACGUUUGAGAUUCAUUUACUAAAUCACAAUUAUUUCAAUAACCUUUGUUCGAUGCAUUUUUGACAUGAAUGUGUUAAGACAACAUAAACCCUAUCAUACCUAUUAAAAGCCGUUCAACCUUCUUCUUUUUUACACUUACGUAAAAGAACAUACAUGUAACAAAAGAUAGAAUGUCAUAUCCGUUUGAAGGUAUCCGAUCCAUAAAAAGCAAGUUCUAUAUAACAGUGCUAUUAAAAUAUAUCACAUAUUGAUACCUGGUAAGCUCAUAAGAUUUUGGGAUCAUUUGAAAGUAUAUUGUCUACUGAAAAAGAAAAUAUAAAUUACAUGACAAAAAUAUGUUACAGAAUUUUUUACUUAUUUUUUUUCACUUUAUAGUUUUCAGUGAUACUUCAACAGAAAUCCAGUUAUUACAGUGUAAGCUCUAUCAUUUCGCAUUCAAAAAUCAUGACUGAAAUUAUUCUUGCAUAUUAUUUAUGGUCAUUUUAUUUACUUAUCCAUGUUCAGCAGGCACAACUCCUUCAAAAAAUACCAAACCAGACAUCAAAAUUUACAUAUUUGUGGAUCGGAUACCUCAAAUAAAUUGAAAAAAAAAAUGUUUCAUUGUUACAGUACAUCUCUGCUAUCUACUUAGGUCAACGGGGAAAAUAAGUAAAAUCAAGAUGUUGUAGGUUGACAUCCUGGUCGAGACGAAGAAAGUUCAAUGAACCGAAAAUAUAUUCAUUGUUACAUUUUGCCAUCUACUUAGCUAAACACGAAAGAAAACCACAAAAUACUUAAAAUCAGGAAGUUUUAGGUCGAGAGUCCCUGGUCGAGUCAUACGCUCUCCUAGAGACAGUAUAAUGUAUCUCGUCUAAGCUCAUUCAUCGUCCACCUCAGAUUCAUGCGGGGAACUUCUUUCAGUCACUUGCAGAGACUAUAUAUAAGUAUUGGUCCGAGAGCUCACGGACUUUUAUUGCAACAAUUGAGGCCAAAAGAAGUUUAUACAUUUUUGGAAACAAUAUUUCAUAUCCUUCAUGAAAACCCAUUUCUUUCCUAAGUGCCAAAGCCGUGCCUAUCUAUAUAUUUUGUUCACUUAUGUUUGUGAUAGGGGAGGUAAAACUCACUUGUAAAAAAAAUAGGGGGUAGGGUAAAGUUUACGUCUACCAGUUUUUUCACUGUUUAAUUACAGUAACUAUUUGAUUGUCAGUAAAUGUAUAUAUAACAAUGACAGCAAUAAGAAAUUCAUCAAAAUGGAAUGAAGGGCAAACUUGAUAUUCAAGGUCAAAGGUCAAAUUUAUGUGAAAAUCACAAAAAUUGGCAUAUUUGAAAUUUAUUUUUAUUCUUAGAAAAUAGUUUGUUAUCAUAAGUCACUCAUCUUUAUCUAAGUAAUGUGUAUAUAUCACCAAAAAUCAGAAAUAUAAGUAUUAUUGCAAAAAGUCAAGGUCAGCCCUGAUUGAAGGUCAAAGUUCAUUUUCAUGUGAAAACUGUUACCUUUACUUUUUCUAAUCUGUUUAUUUAAUAUGUCUUCACAUUAUUAGUCGUUGAAGUUAAUUUGUUUUAAUGAUUGUAUGUCAGGCAAAGUCAGCAGUGCAGAUGUAACCCCAAAACCGCCAAGGGUAAAGUUAAUAUCAAAGGUCAAAGGUCAAAUUUGUGUGAAAAAUUGCAUAAAUAGCUUCCUGUUUGAAAAAUAACAGAUACAUUUUUUCAUUAUUAGUCAUUGCUCGUGAUUUAGUUUGAUGUAUAUAUGUCCCACAAUGUCAGUAAUAAAAUAUAGUCUAUAAUGAGUCAAGUUCGAAUGUGAUAUUAAGGGUCAAAUGUCAUUUUCAAGUAAAAAAAUGAAAAAAAUAGCUCUUUAAAUUUUCUCUUUGUUGAUAAUAUCUUGUCGAUAUUAGUCAAUGAUAUCAGUUCAUUUCAAUGUAUAAAUGUUAGGUAAUGUCUGGUAUGCACAUAUAAUUUCAAAACAUUCAAGGUCAACCAUAAUAUCAAAGGUCAAAGUUCAAAAAAGUGAGUAAAAUGUUUCAAUAGUAUCACCUAUUUGUAAUAAUUAUUAUUGUUUAAAAGUAUUUGAUUUGUCAUUUUAGUAACUGAUCGUUGUUCAUUUUACUGUAUAUAUGUCAGGCGAUGUCAUGGAAGAGAAAAUAUGUCAAGGUCAAACCUGGUGUUAAAGGCCAGGGGUCAUUUUUGCAUAAAAGAUCAAAAUGUAGUAUACCUACUCAUUACUAUGUUCAAAGAUAGCUUGUUGUUAUAAUUCACUGUUAGCAAUUUAUUUUAAUGUAUACAUGUCAAGCAAGGUCAGCAAUGUAGGUCUUAAGUCAAAGCCAAAACUAUUAUCAAAUGUCAAGGGUCAAAUUUGUGUGAAAAUAAGCAAAAAGCAGCAUUUGUGCAAUGAUUUUUCUUUAUUGUUUAGGGUAUUUUUGUCACUAGUAAAACUGAUCAUUAUUGUGUGACGUACGGUUGUAUGUGUAAGGACUGAGUGAGUGAAACGUUGCGCUGUACCAAAAAUGGACAUAUUUUAAACCGAAAGUAUAUGUGCUAGAGGAAUUGUUUACUGGUAAGAGAGUCCUUGCUUUACAUUUUACAAAACAAAUGCGCCAGUGCUGUGGAGCAAAGUCUAUUAUUCAGCAACAUCCGCGCAGUCUGGUCAGGAUCCA